AUGUCGGGAAAAGAUUCGCGCGUUUCCUCACGGCCGCUGCUCGAGCACAACGCCGAGAGCAACCAAGGCCGCAUCGCCUCGGGUCGAGAGCGACGAUGGGGUUUAGUCCAUCUGGCACUCUGUCUGUCCUUGGUUCUGAAUGCCGUAGGCUUGCUCAGACUGGCCAAAAAGCCAAAGCCGGUGCGCUCGGAGUAUGCUCAGCUCGAAACCCUGCUUUCACGACCCGUGAGCGGGUACACAGACUACGCGAGCACGAACCUCACCCUGGCGGGCAAAUUAUGGGACGAGCUGGAUUUUGACGUGGGCGUUGUCGCGCUCCCAAACUUGUGGGCCGCGGAAAAGGGCAUUCCCAUCGCUCAGCCGUUUCCGUGGGACCAAAACAAGGGCAUCUACGUGCUCAACAGCCACCACAAUAUACACUGCUUGAAAAACAUCCACCGCUCCAUCCGAGAGUACGAGUUUGGCGUUCAUCAGACCCUGCCACUGGGCCACAUCACGCACUGUCUCGACUCGCUGCGGGAAGACGUCGUAUGCCAGGCCGACGAUACUCCUCGGACCUCAUCACAGCACCACCAACACCAGACCGGGCUGGGGCAGAAGCGCAACUGUCGCGACUGGGGAGAACUGCAGGACUGGGCGAGGCAGCGCACGGCGUGCUACAGAUACAUCAGUCCCUUGGCAGAUUCCAUCGACCAAUUCAAGAGAUUUAUGCAUUGUCCGAGGGAUAGUCCGUACUGGCCCAAGGUGCGCGAGCACUUUGGAAAGCCGGAUGAUUGGUUUGCGGACGAGUACGAUGAGGAGGAGGCUAACGCAGCUUUGCCAGAGUUGAGGGGGGGAAGAGGAUGA